CGACUACUGAUAACUCAGUGUUGCAAAAGAGUCGAAAGCGGCUUUAGGCGGUCGUCUGUGUUUAUACGUGAUUUACAUACUAUUUGCAACUUAAAAUACCAAGACAGGAUGCCCAUUGUAGUGAAAACGCAAAACGCUGGCAAAGGCGAUUGGGCCAUUAUAGAGCUGCAAGGCGAUCUGGAGGUGAGGAGCAACCAGGAUAUGCACGACCAGUUUAUUGGCGAUCUGUACUACAAUAAAUAUGGCCAGCCUAUUCUCAUCAUAGGCCAUCACAUUCUUCAGGGACGUGAACAAAAGUUGGAUAAACCGUUUGCGGUGCUGGAAAAGUCCAAGUCCAAUGAGGGAGAACGACUCCUGGAAACGAGCAUGAUGGCCUCGCAGGAUGUCAGUAUGCUGAACGCCACCACAGGAGCGGAGCGCACAGUGCUGGAUCACACGAUUGCCCAAGAGCACAAGAGUCGCCAGAGGACGGAGUACACUGUGCGCGCUGUUUGCACCAAAAAACUGAUCUUCAAAUCGCGACCCAAACCAAUUAUAGCCAAUGUAGCUAAGUCCGUUUAGGCCUCUUUCCGAAAAAUAUAGUUUUAUUGAAUUUGUAUGAUAAUAA